AUGGCUGAUAUCUUGAACAUUGUCGGUGAGCCGAUCUUUGACGAUCGCAUCGUCAAGUUUGAAUUUCAUACGUACAAUCCAUACGCCAAUACCACGUUUGGACAUAGCGACGAGAUACGAAUACCUAUACAGCAGCAGGAUUUAUACACGUUGCCAUGCGAAGGUUUUCUCUACAUUGAAGGAAGAUUAACUGUGAAGAAGAAGGAUGAUGAGACGCCAACAACGCUUGGAAAUAAUUGCAUAGCGUUCAUGUUUGAUGAAAUUCGGUAUGAACUCAACAGUGUGGAGAUUGAUCGCAACAGAAAUGUUGGAAUUACCAGUACCCUCAAGAACUAUGUAUCGUUGACGUAUGACAAGUCUUUGAUUGCGUUGAACGCUGGGUGGAAUUCUAGAUCCGACAUAACGGAAGGUUACUUUAACUUUUGCGUACCGCUCAACAUGCUGUUGGGCUUUUGCGAGGAUUACAAACGCGUGAUUGUUAACGCUCGCCAUGAAUUGAUUUUGAUACGAGCGCGCAACGAUAACAAUUGUAUACUGGGAAAUUCAGCGACGGAGCCGGAGGUUGAACUGAUCAAAGUGCAAUGGCGGAUGCCUCAUGUUAUGCUAAACGAGAUCACUAAACUAUCAAUGCUGCGAGCAUUGGAAAGCGGUCGUUAUCUCAGUAUGAGUUUUCGCUCAUGGGAUCUGUACGAGUAUCCUCUGUUACAGAGUACGACGAAGCAUACAUGGGCUGUCAAAACGGCGACACUACUCGAGAAGCCGCGUUACGUUAUCUUUGCUCUUCAGACCGGUCGAAAGAAUAUCAUGUGUCAAGAUGCGAGCGUGUUUGACGAUUGUAAAUUGAGUAAUGUGAAGCUUUAUCUCAACUCAGAGUUUUAUCCAUACGGUGAUUUGAAUCUCGAUUUCGACCAAAAGAGAUACGCUCUCCUGUUUGAUAUGUACUCUCGUUUUU